AUGAAUCUCGCUUUACUAAGUAAGUGGAAGUGGAGAAUUCUCGUGGAGGACGAUGCGGUUUGGAGUGGUAUCCUUAGAUCUCGUUACGGGAAUGUCAAAAGGAAGAUUCUUAUUGGUGAUUCUUCGGUGGUGGAGAAAAUCAACUCAAUAUGGUGGAGGGAUAUACUUUUAUCCGAUAACUAUGUUUUCUUGCUGAAUUCAAACUUUCCAGGGGCUGUUAUAUGUGAACUCGGGAACGGUAUUAAUAUCCCGUUUUGGUAUAACACUUGGGCCGGUGGUAAGCCGUUAGCGCAAGCUUUCCAGGAGCUGUUUGUUUUAUCCCAUGACGACAAAAUUACUGUUGCUGAGGCUGGUUUCCAGGAUGCUGAAGGCUGGCAGUGGAGCGCAGCAGCUAUCCUGUGUGACGGCAGCGCAGGGACAACAACGACUUCAAAGUUAUCCGGCCCUCCUCUUAGUUCAAUCAUUGUAAAAGCUGUGAAGCAUCUUUGGAAGGUAAAAGCGCCUCCUAAAGUUAUCUUUUUUGGAUGGAGGAUAAUUCAUAAUAGAUUAGCUACCAAAGACCAAUUGAUUAAGAGGGGAAUUUUGAUGGACGAUAUUGUUUCGGAAUGUGUCUUUUGCUCUACGGAGACGGAAAGCCUUUCUCACCUGCUUGGGGACUGUUUAGUGGUGGAGGCUAUUUGGAGAAAGGUUUACGAGUGGAUUGGACCCGUUGACGAAUUAUAUUUGGAGGAGUUCGAAUGGUUUCUUUUUUAUUUCGAGAAGGUGAAGAAUCUAGCCAAGAGGUCCUUAGUUGCGGUAAUUUGGUUAGCAACGGCUUGUAGUAUUUGGAAUAGGCGUAAUGGAAUAAUUUUCAAGAAUGAUUCGUUUAGCUUCACCGAAUAUAUGUCGGAGGUUGUUUUUAAUUCUUGGAAAUGA